GCAAGUUUACGAGCCUGUCCCUGGCAUUCAAGACUGAUGCCCAGACGCUGGAGAAGCGGUUGGAGAUACAGGAACGGUCACGGGACAUCGCAGAGCAGAAUGUGGACAAGGAACUACAGGGUCUAAGAACAGGGCUCACGACACUGAACCAGGUGUGCACUGAUCCCCAAAUCCGUGAUGUGCUGGCCCGAAUACAGACUCACAUAGAUGUGCUGGAGAAGUCAACAGCACGAGUCUCUAGCCGCGCUGAGGUUUACGGAGCUAUACAGCAGGAGAAGAGGAUGAGUCGUGCGGUGGACAUCAUGAUCCGACAUGUUGAGAAUAUACGCAGGGUGCACGAGCGGGAGCACUCAGAACUGGAGGAGGCCAGGAAACUUCUUCAAGACAGUAGAUCACUUGCUCCCUCUACCAUAGAUUUGCCUGGAGGUGGUGAUAUGUUGUCCCGGCGUUCAGCCUCUGUGUGUCAGAACAGCCUGUUUACUGGCAAGCUGUCCCCUGGCAGCCCCGGGGCCCUCUCCCCAACAACAGCUAAAACCAUCAAACUGCUCAAGGCUGCGCGCAGGAGAGUCAGUGAGAUAGCCUUGCCCAAAGUGCUGGGUGGAUCAGGGGCAGCUACUCUCCAUCCCUCUGCCUCCAUGGACCUUUCCUAUUAUGAGCCUCACACCCAUAGGGCGGUGUCCCUGCGCUCCCUCCGCUCUGAUAGCUCCCUAGAUGAGGAUGAGUUCCUGACCAGUGUCUGGAGCCUUGUUGACCUCUGCAGCAAGGAUGCCAGGAGCAGGUUCCAGGCAGCUGUAGCUCACACGACCAUGAAGUCUGCAGUGGCCAACACACUUCGGAGGGCCUCACUAGAGAAGCAGAGUUCCAUGCGCACCAGUACCCCACCUGGAACCCCACCCACUGUGUCCCGUGACAACUCCUCGGACAGUAUGCCUGCCAAGGAUGCACAGGAAAAGGAGAAACAGAAGAAUGCAGAAGAGGAAGCCUUCAAGAAGGGGUAUGAGCAGGGAAUGCGAGCUAGUCUGGGUCAGGACCUGUCCAGCCUACGGGAGCAGCAGAACAGAAUCAAUGCAAGUCUUGGGGAUAUCAUGGACAACAUAGACACCCACAUGGAGGAUCCAAAGAGUUUGAAGGACAUUUUGCUGCAGCAUUACAGGGACAAUGUUCCAAAGAUCCAGAUUUCUAGCUGGCGUAUCCGGCUCACGUUUGGCUGUUUUUUCAUUGUGAUGGCGAUACUGUCUGUGAUCAUCUCCCUGCUGCCUGUUGGGUCUGCGUCUGCUGUGGAUGUAAAGCACUACAAUCCCCCACACUGACAAUCUGACCAGCUUUGUAAUCCCCUACUCUGACAUCUGACCUGCUUUGUAGUGUCCUACUAUCUGACUUGUGUCAUUGGGCUAAAUUAUUUGUUAGUGUUACCAAAUCUGCAAGAUAACUUAUACUUAUUACUUGGAUAUUUUUAGGGUGCUUUCAGUUAUUUUUAGCUCACCUGAGCACAAUGUGAUCGCCUUUUGUCCAUUGUGCGUUGUGUGGCGGUAACAUUUGCAUUGUUAAUACUAUAGAGGCCACAUUUAUUGUCCGAUCUUCAUGAAAUUUGGUCCAAAGACUUGUGCCAAUGAUAUCUAGGAUGUGUUUAAAAAUGGUUCCGGUUGGAAAAACAUGGCCCGGGGGGGGGGGGGGAUUUUUCCAUAUGUAACAGUAGUAAAACCUUAUUAACACUCUAAAAGUCUUCUUUAUUGUCCAAUCUUCAUGAAACUUGGUCAGAACAUUUUUAUAAGCCCGUUUUAAAAAAACGGGACGUAUUAUAGUUUCACCUUGGCGGCGGGCGGGCGGCGUCCACAGCAGUUUCCGCUCUCUAAUUCAAAUAGUUUUCAUCCGAUCUUCACCAAACUUGGUCAGAAGUUUUAUCUAGACAAUAUCUAGGUCAAGUUCGAAUAUGGGUUAUGCCGGGUCAAAAACUAGGUCACAGGGUCACUUAGUGCAUUUCAAGCAUUUAGCAUGUUUCCGCUCUCUAAUUGAAGUAGUUUUUAUCCGAUCUUCACCAAACUUGGUCAGAAGUUGUAUCUGGACAAUAUCUUGGUCAAGUUAAAAUAUGGGUCAAAAACUAGGUCGAGGGGUCACUAAGUGCAUUUUGAGCAUUUAGCAUGGUGUCUGCUCUGUAAUAGAAGUAGUUUUCAUCCGAUAAUCACCAUACUUGGUCAGAAGUUGUAUCUAGACAAUAUCUAGGUCAAGUUCUAAUAUGGGUCAUGCAGGGUCAAAAACUAGAGCAUAGGGUCACUUAGUGCAUUUCAAGCAUUUAGCAUGGUGUCGGCUCUCUAAUUGAAGUAGUUUUCAUCCAAUCUUCACCAAAUUUGGUCAGAAGUUGUGUCUAGACAAUAUCUAGGUCAAGUUCGAAUAUGGGUUAUGCCGGGUCAAAAACUAAGUCACAGGGUCACUUAGUGCAUUUCAAGCAUUUAGCAUGUUUCCGCUCUCUAAUUGAAGUAGUUUUUAUCCGAUCUUCACCAAACUUGGUCAGAAGUUGUAUCUGGACAAUAUCUUGGUCAAGUUAAAAUAUGGGUCAAAAACUAGGUCACGGGGUCACUAAGUGCAUUUUGAGCAUUUAGCAUGGUGUCUGCUCUGUAAUAGAAGUAGUUUUCAUCCGAUAAUCACCAUUCUUGGUCAGAAGUUGUAUCUAGACAAUAUCUAGGUCAAGUUCUAAUAUGGGUCAUGCAGGGUCAAAAACUAGAGCAUAGGGUCACUUAGUGCAUUUCAAGCAUUUAGCAUGGUGUCGGCUCUCUAAUUGAAGUAGUUUUCAUCCAAUCUUCACCAAAUUUGGUCAGAAGUUGUGUCUAGACAAUAUCUAGGUCAAGUUCGAAUAUGGGUUAUGCCGGGUCAAAAACUAGGUCACAGGGUCACUUAGUGCAUUUCAAGCAUUUAGCAUGUUUCCGCUCUCUAAUUGAAGUAGUUUUUAUCCGAUCUUCACCAAACUUGGUCAGAAGUUGUAUCUGGACAAUAUCUUGGUCAAGUUAAAAUAUGGGUCAAAAACUAGGUCACGGGGUCACUAAGUGCAUUUUGAGCAUUUAGCAUGGUGUCUGCUCUGUAAUAGAAGUAGUUUUCAUCCGAUAAUCACCAUACUUGGUCAGAAGUUGUAUCUAGACAAUAUCUAGGUCAAGUUCUAAUAUGGGUCAUGCAGGGUCAAAAACUAGAGCAUAGGGUCACUUAGUGCAUUUCAAGCAUUUAGCAUGGUGUCGGCUCUCUAAUUGAAGUAGUUUUCAUCCAAUCUUCACCAAAUUUGGUCAGAAGUUGUGUCUAGACAAUAUCUAGGUCAAGUUCGAAUAUGGGUUAUGCCGGGUCAAAAACUAAGUCACAGGGUCACUUAGUGCAUUUCAAGCAUUUAGCAUGUUUCCGCUCUCUAAUUGAAGUAGUUUUUAUCCGAUCUUCACCAAACUUGGUCAGAAGUUGUAUCUGGACAAUAUCUUGGUCAAGUUAAAAUAUGGGUCAAAAACUAGGUCACGGGGUCACUAAGUGCAUUUUGAGCAUUUAGCAUGGUGUCUGCUCUGUAAUAGAAGUAGUUUUCAUCCGAUAAUCACCAUUCUUGGUCAGAAGUUGUAUCUAGACAAUAUCUAGGUCAAGUUCUAAUAUGGGUCAUGCAGGGUCAAAAACUAGAGCAUAGGGUCACUUAGUGCAUUUCAAGCAUUUAGCAUGGUGUCGGCUCUCUAAUUGAAGUAGUUUUCAUCCAAUCUUCACCAAAUUUGGUCAGAAGUUGUGUCUAGACAAUAUCUAGGUCAAGUUCGAAUAUGGGUUAUGCCGGGUCAAAAACUAGAUCACGAGGUCACUUAGUGCAUUUCAAGCAUUUAGCAUGGUGUCCGCUCUCUAAUUGAAGUAGUUUUCAUCUGAUCUUCACCAAAUUUGGUCAGAAGUUGUGUCCAGAUGAUAUGUAGGUCAAGUUCAAAUAUGGGUCAUGGUAAAGUUAUCAAGUUGUCCAAAACCUUCAAACGGGCGUAUCUUGUGACAGUUUGGCACUCUUGUUUUAAGGAUAUCUUGGAUGAGUUCAGAAAUGGUUCUGGUCUGUUGAAAAACAUGGCGGCCAGGGGCCAGGGAAUUUAUCCUUAUAUGGCUAUAGUAAAACCUUGUUAGGACUGGAAAAGUUACAUUUUUAGUUCACUCUUCAUGAAACUUUGUGAGAACAUUUGUUCUCAUGAUAUCUUGGGCUGCACCGAACAGGUCAGCUCCUUUGUAUCUCAGGUUAGCUACUUAUUAAAUGUAUUGUACAUGCUUAUGUAUACAUGUAAUCAUCAUAAUCCGCGGACCUUUUGGCUAUUUUCUGUUGUUGAGCAGUCAUAACAAUAAUCUUACCUGUAAAUUUAAAAGUUCUUAAGUUUUCAAAAUGGAAAUAUAUCUCAUUGAAUUUAUAGCAAUCAGAUAUGGUUAGUUCAGCUUUCAGUGCUUUAAUUUCCCAUGCACUCGUGAUAGUUUCAUUCCAUUCAUAUGAGAGGAAAUCAAUAUAUUGAUAAUAAGCAUGUGAACUGUUCCUUUUGUUUAAUUAUUACUUAUUGAAACUUUUCGAAUUUAGAAUUAGUUCUAGAAUUUUUUUGUUGGAGGCAUUUGUCAUGACUCAUUAUAUUUACUUGGUGAUGCUUAUUUGUUUGCUGUUUAAUUUAAUGAUCACAUCUUGAAAUAUUUUAUGUGGUUGGAAAUUCAUGACAAAAGUUCUUACCUGUCAAAAUAAUAAGGAAAGAUAUGAGUGAGGUUCCUGCAAACGCCCCUUUCAGCAGCAUUAUAUUUGGAAAGACCUUUCAAUAAUGCAGUAUUAGGUGUCGUCAUUGUGCUUUAAUAUUAUUUUAUAUGUUUUACACGAGGUUUGUUAUUAUUUUAAUUUUUGCUUGUUGUUUCAUAUACUUUAGUUAGAAUUGUUACACCACACCCAAAAUGGUUGCAGGAAUUUUUAUGUCCCCCACCACUAUAGUGGGGGACAUAUUGUUUUUGCCCUGUCUGUUGGUUGGUUGGUCUGUUGGUUUGCGCCAACUUUAACAUUUGCAAUAACUUUUGCAAUAUUGAAGAUAGCAACUUGAUAUUUGGCAUGCAUGUGUAUCUCAUGGAGCUGCACAUUUUGAGUGGUGAAAUGUCAAGGUCAAGGUCAUCCUUCAAGGUCAAAGGUCAAAGAAACUAAAUCAAAGCGGCGCACAAGGGGACAUAGUGUUUCUGACAAACACAUUUCUUGUUUAUUUCUGCAUUCACACCAAAGUUUACGGUGUAUUAACUAUGUUUACCUGACAUGUUAUAUAUAAAAGCUGAAACUGAUCUGACACAUAGAGUAGUCAUAUUUCAGGUAAACAUCUCUAUAUGUAAUGUGUUAUGAAUCACACAAAAAAUGUGUUCUGAAUAAUGUUUAUGAUAUACUUGUUGACAAUGGUCACUUUGGCCAUUUCAUUUGACUGACCACUGUACUCAGUUUUGACUGUGUGCAUAAUGCUAUUCUGUAUCAAGAAAAACAUAUUUUACUCAGAAAACGAUUUAACUUCAUGAUGAAUGACAUUUUAUGUGCACAGCCAUAUCUUGUACCAUGUUUAGUGUAUUACUAGUAUAUGCAACCUAGGCAUGCAUUUGCACAUUCUUCUAAAAAAUGUCUUCUCUUCUUAAGAAUCUUGGCAACAGUUGUUUCUUUUGCUCAAAUUCAAACAGUUCAAACUUCACAACUUGCUUUGAAGUUAAUAAUCUUUGUGAAUAGGAACCCAGUUAAAUUGGAUACUAAAGUGCAGCUGCUCUGCCAAUGUAGUCCACCGAUCCACUAUCAUUAUUUCAUCUCUCUGUCAUUGAUUGUUAAAAGUCCACUGAUCCACUAUUAUUAUUUCAUCUCUCUGUCAUUGAUUGUUAUAAGUCCACUGAUCCACUAUCAUUUGUUUCAUCUGUCUGUCAUUUAUUGUUUGUAGUCCACUGAUCCAAUAUCAUUUGUUUUAUCAGCCUGAUAUUGUUAGUGAACUUGAUAUAGCAAGCGUCAUUCUGUCUGAGAAAGGAGCACCGGUAUAUGUAUAUAGAAAUGUGUGCUUAUUGUUCAUCUACCAAUGUGUCUAUUAUUGUACUAUAUUGUAUAACUUUGAUUAUUAUACCAAGUUGUGUUUAAAAAAAAGUUGAUCUUAACCCA